AUGGCGUCUACCCACUCUAUGACGGUCGAGCCCGUCGAAGCCCAGGACUCUGGUUCUAAAAAGCUUCCCUUUCCUCCAAUAACUCGGAGUCAGAUAUUGCAUUGCUCGUACCAUUACUGGCAUGCGCUAUAUCGAGCCAUAACUCCAAAAGCCCGCCUUAUCCCACUUUCCGAUGCCUUCCUUUCGUACCUUCGCGCCGACGGAAUCGUUCUCCCUCCUGAGAAUCCCAGCCGCGCUGCGAUGAUGGGCGAGGAUAGCGGCAUAGAGACAUCCGACUCUGAAGAAGAUGACAACGACCAAGAAGAUCCAUCCGAAGCAUGGCGUGAUAUCCACACACAGAUUGAAGAGACCAUCCGGGAGCUCGACGGCAAAGUCACGCCCAAACUCAACUGGAGCGCGCCCAAAGAUGCUACCUGGAUUGCGGUUACAAAUGACCUUCAGUGUCAGACUCCAAAUGAUAUCUACAUGUUGCUGAAAAGCAGCGACUUUAUUACGCACGACUUGGAGCAUGCCUUUGACGACACGGACCCAGAGCCAGAGGGUGCCACGACCGAGGAUCUCGAUACGAACAACAUUCCAUAUCAUCUUGUCCUUCGCAAAUAUUUCAACCUCAACCCAGCUCUUGAAUUUCGAUGCUUUGUGCGAAACCGUACACUAUUGUGCAUGUGUCAGCGGGACUUGAAUCACUUUGACUUUCUAUUCCCGAUGCGUGACAUGUUUGUGUCCCGAAUUCAGAAAUUCUUUGAUGAGAAGCUCAAGGAUACUUUCCCGGAUCCAAGCUUUGUGUUUGACGUCUAUGUCCCACCGCCUCAUGAUCGAGUGUGGCUCAUUGAUAUCAAUCCGUGGGCUAUCAGGACAGAUCCACUACUAUUCAGUUGGCUGGAGAUUCUGACGAUGAAGGAUUUGGCGCCGCUUGAAGAUGAGGUCGUGCGACUGUCCAUCAAAGAUGAUGGGUCCUCUGCAUCGCCAGAAGCUGAUGACUCGGAGGACGAAGUCGAGAAUAUUUCAUCGGUUCCAGAACUACGAUUGGUGGAACGUGAUGAUCCAGAGGCUUAUGGGUUUACUUCACCGCAGUACUCUGCCCACAAAUUGCCUCGAGAGGUCGUGGACGCUUCUCAAGCAGGCACUGGGGGUAUGGCGUCUUUUAUGCAGCAAUGGAAGGACCUACUUGCUCAACCGACGCAACAGCAACAAGCAGACUCGAGCGACGAUGAGUGA